AUGUCUUCCAGUUGGUAUGCUUACUUUGAUAAAACCCAACCUAAAAACUAUCGUUUUCUAGGUUUUUAUGAAUAUCGCUCGAAGCAAGUAGACUUUACUUUCUCUUUUCGGACAGAAUCCUACAAACUUCAAAUGGAUCUCUAUUGUCUCAUCAACAAUGGCACGGAGGAAAUGAAGAAAAUUGCUAGCCAGUUGAACAAUAUUUUUAAGAGAGCUCUCAUAGCUACGAUGAUAUCGGAAUGCUGUCUACCUUAUGGUCAGAAUGUCUGCUAUGGGAAAUUGGAACCCUGUACAACUACGGUGAUAUCGGAAUGCUAUCUACCUUAUAGUCAGAAUGCCUGUUGCUAUAUUUUUACUAAUCGUGAUAAUUUUCUUGAUGUCAAUGCUUUUUGGAAUAAAAUUGAACUAAACAAACAAUUACAGAAUCAGUUACAGACCGCAGGGAUUGUUGAAGCUACUAGUUCGUUGAUAAGUAUCUCCACAAAAACCUUUGUAACAGCAAUCAGAAACGUUCAUUCUGCUAUUGAAAAUGUUAACGAUAUAUUGAAAAUAACAGGAGCAGAAAACACAAAUAAACGACCAGCUGAAGAGCCCUUUCCUGUUAUUACACCUCCUCCCAACCUUUGCGAUCGCUCUUCCUCUCUAUGUUAUAAUAACGAAGAAUCAACCGAAGCAUCAACUGAGGCCUCUUCAAAAACGAAUGAUCACAACGAGUCCAAUAUAGAGAUAACACGUAAAGAAGAUGAUAACCCUUUUAAAGCAAAAACAGUAGAGGAUUCAACAAAAUAUAAAAGUUAUGCAAUCAAUAAUGUGAUCAUAAAUAAUGUCUCCAAAAAUGACAUAACACAGGAUGGAUACAAUAUCUCUAUCGACUUUCGUAAUUUUCAGUUAAAAUGUCUAUCGUCGAUUAUGUAUUGUAAUGAACUUAAACCAGAAUAUGUUGAAUGUUCCGAAAAGACAUGGAAUAAAGCUCGUCCAAGAUCAUUAGCUCCAAAAAUGAUGCCAACUGUUGCUCACUUAGUAAUAAUCGAAUACAAUACGCUUUUGAAUGAAAGACCAUCACUUAAUACAAGGGCCAAUGGUGAAUCUGAAAGUUCCAAGGAGAGACGUUUAUUGGAUGAUCAUAACCAUAGUAGAAAACUGGACUUCCAGAUCAUCACAAAGAUUGAUGACACUGACAGGGAACUCAUAUUUGGCGAGAUAAAACCACUACAUUACACUAAAACUAUAAACAAAAGCAUAAUCAAAUUAGCAGAAUUCAUGAAAGGAUCUUUGGACU